AUGGCAGUACAUUGCACCACGAGUUCUCCAACCAGACCCGUUGUGCGCAGUGCGGCACUUUACACGAGGCUCCCUCUCGAGAUCGAAUUAUACAUUGUCCGGGCACUGAUAGAGACGCACAAGAGAUCAAAGAAGCCAGGUUUUCGCUUAUCGACCUUUGCCAGCGUUUCCAGAGCCUGGCAAACUCUCAUAGAGAAGGAAACAUACAAACAUAUAAAAAUAUCGUCACAGGAGUUACACUUCUUCAAGCACCAUGUCCCAUCAUAUCGAAAAAUACUUGUCCGCCAUAUUCUUCUCGAGAUCUCAUAUAACGUCUACUCGCAUGGCGUUGACGACCAGAUUCAUUUUUCCAAGGCAGUGCACACACUUUGGCGCAUUCUCUCAAGAUGGAAUACACACCGUGUUACAGUGGAGCUAGGCAUCGCUUCUACUCAAUUAACCAAGCCACCUUGGGUAAUUGUGCCCCCCAACUCUCCUUUUAACCCUUUGAAGACCCUUCGCCCAAGAUUGAUGGCUGCCGUCCACGAUUGGGUCCGUUUAAGUCAGUGUUACUUAGGGAGAGAGGCUGCUUGCUUCGACCGGACUUUCUUCCCGCCAAAAGGGGCCACGAGUUUACCUCAGGUUGAUGCCAUCGCUGAGCUAGUUAUUCGGAGAGAAUAUCACCCGAACAUCUCUCCAAUAACUCUCCAUGAGAUUAUCUCGUCUGCUCCUUGCAUUGAGUCGAUUCAUCUUGAGAGAUGGUGUUAUGGCGUUCCUGAACACGACAGGAAAUGGGAUCGCGCUCUCCAGCGUUCAGGAAUUUUAGUAUCAGAGUCAACGAAACGGUUGACCUAUUUUGAAGAAUUCAAUACCCCAUUUCACCAACGGGCUGGGGCAAUGACACUUCCACGGCCAUACAACACACUUCUGGAAUCCAUCCUCCACGCCGCAGAUCGCCUUGAGCAUAUCGCUGUCUCCUUUGCUUUCGAUGCACAAACGUUUUUCAAAAGGCUUAGACGAACCGAGUUUAAAGCAUUGAGGACUCUCGCACUUACAUCUUCUUUCAGCAAAUUCUCCGAGAGUCUCUUACUUAUUGCUGCCGAGGCAGUAAAGAAGCUUCACGCUCUCAAAAUUCUAGAAAUAUGGAAUUUCGACGCCGGCCAAGCUGACGUUUUCCGGUACGAGAGGAGACUUGAUCGAUACCAGGGUCAGAUCACCUGGCAGAGCAGCAAGGAUCGCCAGAUCUCUUCAAGUGUAGAGAAGGGCUGGAGAGAUCUGUUAAGCCGAGGUGAGAAUGGAUUCGAUGUCAAAUGCAGCAAUUUUUCGAUGGAGAUGGAGAGUCUUCAGGAUAUUCUGCCACAUUUGAAGUUGAGAGAGCAAAUUCUUCGUGACUUCACCGAGAGGUAG